AAUGGGUGGAGAAGGAGAUUCGAGUCAGCCGCUGACUGCUGUCGAUGGUGGUGACGGAGGAGCUGUGGCCGUGAACAUCAGGGCCUCGAAUGGAUCGAAAUUUAGUGUGACGACGAGUCUUGAUUCGACGGUGGAGUCUUUCAAAGCGCUGGUGGCGGAGAAGAGCGAUGUGCCAGCUAAUCAGCAGCGUUUAAUUUAUAAAGGGCGGAUCCUUAAAGACGACCAGUCUCUCCUCAGCUAUGGUUUGCAGGCUGAUCACACCGUUCAUAUGGUUCGAGGCUCUGCGCCUUCUUCAGCGCCUCCUACUGCUCCGGCUGCAAAUGCUGCGAACCAAACCACUGCACCUGGUGUUACUCGAGGUGUUGGUUCAAAUGACAGCUCAAAUCCAGUGGAAUCUUUGUUCCCUGGGCUCGGAUUUAAUCCUUUGGGUGGUGGGAAUGCUAUGUCCGGGUUAUUUGGAGCUGGUCUUCCGGAUCUCGAGCAGGCGCAGCAGCAGCUAGCUCAGAACCCUAACAUGGUUAGAGAUAUGAUGAACACACCAGCCAUUCAGAGUAUUAUGAACAACCCGGAGUUCAUGAGGAGUAUGCUUAUGAGCAACCCUCAGAUGCGUGAGCUUAUAGAUCGCAACCCUGAGCUUGGCCAUGUGCUGAAUGACCCAAGCAUCCUCCGUCAAACCUUGGAAGCCGCGAGAAACCCGGAGCUUAUGCGUGAGAUGAUGCGGAACACCGACAGGGCCAUGAGUAAUAUUGAGUCCAUGCCCGAGGGGUUUAACCAUCUUAGGCGUAUGUACGAGAAUGUACAGGAACCGCUGUUGAAUGCUACUACGAUGUCUGGGAAUGCUGGAAGCAACACGGGCUCCAAUCCUUUUGCUGCACUCUUUGGGGGAAACCAGGGGGUCACUACCGAUGCUUCUAAUAACUCUUCGACACCGAAUGCUGAAACGGGGACAGGAAAUGGUAUUCCGAACGCAAAUCCGCUUCCUAAUCCUUGGGGUGCUACGACUGGCCAGACAAAUGUACCUGCGAGCACAAAUCCUGGUGGAAAUGCGAGAAGCCCUGGACUUGGUGGACUUGGCGGUCUUGGUGCUCUUGGUGGACUUGGUGCUCUUGGAGGACUUGGAGGCCUUGGAGCGGAUUCACCUCUUGGUGCCACUCCAGAUGCUGCGCAGUUGAACCAGAUAUUGCAAAAUCCAGGAAUGUCCCAGAUGAUGCAAAGUAUACUUUCCAAUCCGCAAUACAUGAACCAGCUUAUCAGUCUCAACCCACAACUCCGAGCCAUGUUUGAUUCGAAUCCUCAGCUGAGGGAAAUGAUGCAGAACCCAGAUUUCCUUCGUCAGUUUAGCUCUCCAGAGAUGAUGCAGCAAAUGAUGACUCUACAGCAAUCACUUCUCUCUCAGAAUAGGAAUACGACCAGCCAGGAAGCAGGGCAAACUGGUGGUGCUGCUGCAGGCAAUAACGCAGGGCUGGAUUUAUUGAUGAAUAUGUUUGGCGGUCUUGGUGCUGGCGGCCUGAGUGGCGCGAACCAGUCCAAUGUCCCUCCUGAGGAACGCUUCGCGACUCAGUUGCAACAGCUGCAAGAGAUGGGGUUCUAUGACAGAGCAGAGAACAUAAGGGCUUUGCUUGCAACCAAUGGAAACGUUAACGCUGCUGUAGAACGACUCUUGGGGAGUAUUGGCCAG